AUGGAGACCCAGAGGGCCAGCGUCUCCCUGGGACGGUGGUCACUGUGGCUAUUGCUGCUAGGACUAGUGCUACCCUCGUCCAGCGCCCAGGCCCUCAGCUUCAGGGAGGCCGUGCUUCGUGCUGUGGAUCAGCUCAAUGAGAGGUCCUCAGAAGGUAAUCUCUACCGCCUCCUGGAGCUAGACCCACCUCCCAGUGACGAUGAAGAUCUGGGCACUUGAAAGCCUGUGAGCUUCACGGUGAAGGAGACUGUGUGCCCCAGGACAACUCAGCAGUCCUCGGAGCAGUGUGACUUCAAGGAGAAUGGGCUGGUGAAACAGUGUGUGGGGACAGUCACCCUGGACCCGUCCAAUGACCAAUUUGACCUGAACUGUAAUGAGCUCCAGAGUGUCAGGAGACACUGGCGACGGCCAAGAAUCCGACGACCCGGGCUUUUCUUUCCCAUAAUCCGAGGUUGA